ACGGAGAGAACAUUCUUCCCUGCUUUGCGGAACAUUUGUGCAAACGGCCUCCCAAAAUCACUUCCUUUGCCAGCAGGACACCGCUGACAAUCAUCCCUAGAAAUUGUUCGAAGAAGGUAUGUGUAUUUUUAGCUACACUAUAUCCAUCAGCUGGAAUGCUAGCAUGUGACAUUGCAACCUGUGUUCAAUAAUUUGUGCCCUAGAACAGUUGGUCAUGGACCCAGCAAGAAAGGAGGCAGCCCAACACUUAAUUCUAAGUGGUACCCAGGACCUGUGUAAGACACAAAUGUUGAACUGAUUGGACGUUGCCACUGAAUAUGAAGACAUAGUAUUGAGAACCUGAAACACUUUACUAUUGUCAGAUUAAAUUAAGAAUAUCGAACAAAUGAAGUUGCUGUAUGUUCACCACUUGUAGACUGAAAACUACAGCUGUAGAAAUAUUUCUCAAGAUAAGUUUUUUUAUGGGUGCUUACAGAGAGGACAUUAAUACUGUAAAUGUGUUGUCACCAACAGUCUUAUUUAUUUAUCAGAUUUUCUACAGAAGGGGGAAAAUUAGAUUAAGGGGAGGGGGCAGGGCCAGUUUAGAGGCCCUAAGCAAUUGAUUUUUGUGCCCCCAUAUAUAUCUAAUUCAAAAGUAAGCAAUAAUAAACUGUAAAAUGAAAGUAUUUUUCAGAAUGAAACAAAAUCUAAAGAUUGAUUUUUUUUGUAUACUUCCACUUUGUAUUUUUUAAAAAUCUACAUUUUCUAAUUGCAAAACUAAUCUUACAUAACACAUAAGCUUCUAUACUUAGUAGAGAUAAGGCAUCCAGCCUCAACUCUCACUUCUUGCCUUUGUCUUUCUAAUGAUGGUAGUUAGACAAAAGCCAGAGCUGAGAGUUGAGGGAGGGGCCCCCACCAAUUUGCUGUAUGACACAGUUAUCUUAGAUAGAGGGGCAUUACCUCACCGGAAAGCUAGCCUGGAUCUUCCAAGAACUGAAUCUGUGCUGGAUCCAGUUAUUAGAAGGGGGCUCGGGCGCACAACCCACCCCCCACAACAAUACUAUUAAGAAAACAAUCUAUUUAAUGCAAAAGAUGUGCCAUCUUCUGUCUUCCACCACAAACCCAGACACACUGCGGACCACCUGAAUAACGCUUGUGGACCACUGCUGGUUCAUGUUCCAGUGUUUGGGAACUCUUGGCUGAGAAAACAACUGAGAUGUCUUGCUGCUUUCUGUUGUCAGUGUGAAAUCUAUGAAAUCCCCUCACACCUUUGCUAGACUUCGGAAAAUGUGACUGACCUGACCCUCUCCAAGGAUCAGCAUGACAGAAGGGAGUUCUUAAUUGCUAUAAAAAUUAGCUUUUCAUUAGUAUUCUGCAUUGCAUUCUACAUACUAGCUACACCUUCUCACAUAACCUCAUCUCCUAAUGCCAAAAUACUAUCUCUCAUGGUUACUAAGCAGAGGGGGAACUGCACUUUGCACAUGUCCAGAGACCCUCUUUUCUCGCUGGAAUCUGUUGUUAUGACUCCGAACUCUCCCAUGUUAUUCCCUAUUGCAUGAUCCUGACCCAGAGUCAAAUCUCCACUGAAGAUGGAGGAAGAGCUUAAAUGCCACAGAAGGAUCUUAGAUCUUCCCGCCCUUCGCUCUUGAGGGCUGGCUGAGAAAGUUGGGUGGUGGAAAGCAGCGAGCGAAAAACUCCGGAAACAACGCAGAGGCGGAAGAAGGCAGCGAAGCAAUAAAGCGUUGAGCGGCGAACGCCUUCCUCGAGCGCUAUACGCAGCCAAGUGCGUCCCGCCCCCUUUAGGCUCUAAUGUACACCAGCCAAUGAGCGGGCGGCUGUCGGCAGUUGGGCGGAGUUCUCCCUGGAGAGAAGACAAGAAGAAGGGGUAGAGCGUCUUUUCCAAACCUGCAGUGGGAAGAGGGUGAAUGAUACGGAUUUCCGCAUCCGGGGUCAUGAGGGUAAUUUUUUUUUAUUUAAGGGAGGUUGGGGGAAAGGGGCAAUUGACGCUAUUCCAUCUCAUUAGCAACAAGCGAGCACUCCCCUCCGCCGGUAUUUGUGUUCCUCGUCGUUUUACUUCAUUCCGCCUCCUUCCUAAUGCGGCGUCUUGUGAGGGAAACGGACCCAUAACUGUAAGUUGCAAGCGCCCGCCUUCGCUUCUCGCGCGUUUUCCUCCGCUCCUCCCCGCGUUGCGCGUGCGCACCGGCGACCUGAGCGCGCGGCGGCUGAUUCUGCCGGCUGCUCUGCUCCUCCUGUGCGCUCGCGCCGACUCCCCUCAGUGAACUGGCCGCGAGCCUUUUCGGUUACAGCCCGCCAAGCCCCCCCCCCCCGAAGCCCGUGACGGGAGGCGGGGUAUGCCCUUCCCUCGACCACCCCAUCUGAAUCCAUUAUCAAAUGCUGUGAAAAACGUGUAUAAACUGUUGUCAACGGGCUCCAAGAGAGGUUCUUUUCUUUAGCCAGUUGGCAGCCCGAAAGCUUCUGCCCCUCAGCUCACACAGAAGCGGCAGAGGAGCGGCGUGUGGCGCCUUGCUUGCUAAACUUGAGUAGGUUGCACUCACGGAAGACCAGUGUUUCUAUAUACGGCCCUUGCAGGUUCUUCCAAGGCAAGCUAGAGCUGCCAUAGGAGGGCUGCGAAAAGCGGGGUUUGAAUGUUUUCUCGAAGUGAGUUUAGAAGCACCCCAACAUAUAACAGAACCAGGAUUGCAAGGGCAAUUUGUUAUUAUCUCGUGUGCUGCUUCCUAAACCACACAUGAAUACAGUGGUACCUCGGGUUAAGUACUUAAUUCAUUCUGGAGGUCCGUUCUAAAUCUGAAACUGUUCUUAAACUGAAGCACCACUUUAGCUAAUGGGGCCUCCCACUGCCGCCAUGCCACCAGAGCACGAUUUCUGUUCUCAUCCUGAAGCAAAGUUCUUAAACCGAGGUACUAUUUCUGGGUUAGCGGAGUCUGUAACCUGAAGCGUAUGUAACCUGAAGCGUAUGUAACCCGAGGUACCACUGUAUUUGUAUCCACUCUAAGCCAUAUUUUCAGUCAGAAAGUCUUCAGAAACAUAUUACGCAAAGUUUUGGGUACUUUAGAACGUUUGAUGCUGACGAAAAGCAUGUGUUGGAUGUUGCUGGUCCAAUUAAAAAAGCAUUCAUGUAGGUGGGUGUAGAAUUCCGAUGCCUCUUAAAACUUGAUAGCCGAAUAUAUAAUAAGUUCUAAUUUAAUCUUUUCCUCCUAAUAUUUUGCUAGUGGCAAAGAGUAACACUUUUAAUCAAUGACUGCAUCAAGACAAGCGGCUAUGUUCCGCCUACCACCUCUUCCAACAAUUGGAGAAAUUAUUAAACUGUUUAAGCUCAAAGCUGAAAAGCAGCUGUCCCAGAACUUUCUUCUGGAUCUGAGACUUACAGGUAAGCAGUCUGUGUCAUCUUUCAGUUUUCAUACAUAUACUACUUUCUGGUUUUCUACAUUUUUAAAAAGCUGUGUUUAAAUAGAUUAUAUUUGUAUGUUUAUUUAAAUUGAAUGCACUAUGUUUAAAUUAUUCAAACAUGGAUUAACAGUUUAAGCAUUCUAUUGUUUUGUUAGAAAAAGGACCCAUUGAGUUUAAUGGGACUUACUCCCAGGUAAGUGAGUGCACAAUUAAAACCCAGAUAUGGCAUGAUUCAUGAAAAUAUUCCAUAUAGGCAAUUCCACCGCAAUGCUCGCUCAAAACUCCCAACUCUUCAUAGGCCUCUCCAAGGUCAGUGCAAAGGCUCCUGGAAUUGCACUUGUUAAGGCUCGUUGGGUCACUAGAUGCUAUUUUUGCACAGUUUUUGUGCUCUUUUGGGGCCAUUUUUGCGCUUUUUUUUUUUUGCCACUUCCAGGUUCGUGACGAUGUAUGUAGUCACGGUUGUGCAUGCCUUGAACGCACAUAAAUGGGGAAUUGCCUAUACUCCAGGCCUUAAUUAUGUAAUGUCUGCAGUUUAGAAUACUUCAGUAUGGUAGCAUAGGUCUAUAGCGUGUUCUGAUGAUAUAAAUUAAUGGAUAAAGUUAUGUUAUGCGGAGCCAGGUUAUUACCCAAACUGAAACAUAAACAAUGUGCCCUGUACUGAAACCACUAGUGAGAGUGAUGAUUCUCUUAUUUAAUUUCACAGUGACCCAGUGAGGUAGACCAUGUGAAGAGAGUUCAUGUGUGGCGAUGUAAUUCCUGUGAACCAAAUGCCACGUGUUUAACCAGUUCGCUAGACCAUUCUCCCUGAUAGCUUUGCACUGUCUUCUUCUUCUUUGGUGAUCACUCGUAGCCGAGUAAGAUUGUCUUCCAUAAACACAGUUUUAACAAUGAGACUGUAAGUGACUGUGGAGGCCAAUUCUGGAUCCACACUUCCUUCCACAGUGGGGACAUUGGUUUCUGUGCGGGAGCUGAUCAUGGUGUGGAUUUACCAAGCGUGCCUUCCUCCUAGCACGUUUCUCCUUGCGUCCUGAGUUCGAGUGUCUUCAGAACCCACAACACCUUUGGUAAAAGCUGUUCUCCAACUGGAGCGCUUGCAGGCAGCACAACUAUGUGGCAUAGGUUUGACUGUUGGACUUGUUAAACAUAUGACAUAUGUUACAUACGAAUGCACUUCCAGUCACUAUAUCUGGGAGAGAACAGAUGUGCAUUUGUGAAGAUCUGGUGUGAGAGAGAUUGAAUGCAGGGUAAUCAGUUUUGUUACUUUCUUGGCAGUCAUUUUGUGAAUAGACAGGCUCACCCAAAGCAGCCAUUUUGCAUUAUUGUCUGAGGGCCCAGAAAGAUUAGUUUUUGCCAAGUUCUAGCGAUUUGAACAAAGAAGUUGGAGAGGUGGGAACUUUUUUUAUGUGAAUAGCCAGUAAAUAACCUAUUUACUGGCUAUUCACUAAAUCCUUCAAAGACAGAGGUCCUAUGGUUAGGUCAGGAUGGCAUGGGGAUGAGGGACCAACUCCCUUCUCUUGCGGGGGCCCAGUUAGUGCCAUCGCCUUCCGUUAAGAGUUUGGGUGUAAUCCUUGACGUCUCCCUUUCCAUGGAGGCGCAAGUUACAGCAACAGCCUAGGCGACAUUUUUCCACCUUCGCCGCAUCAAGCAGUUGGUCCUUUACCUUUCCCGCCCUGACCUGGCCACAGUGAUCCAUGCGACGGUCAUCUCCAGGCUUGACUACUGUAAUUCGCUCUACGCGGGGCUGCCCUUGAAGCUGUCCCAGAAACUCCAGCGGGUACAGAAUGCUGCAGUGAGGCUCCUCACGGGGUCUCUGCCAUGGGAGCAUAUUCACCCAGUGCUUUUCAAGCUACACUGGCUCCCGGUGGAGUACAGGGUCAGAUUUAAGGUGCUGCUUUUAACCUUUAAAGCCCUUCACGGCCUAGGACCCUCGUACCUACGGGACCGCCUCUCCUGGUAUGCCCCACGGAGAGCCUCAAGGUCCAUAAAUAACAACACCCUAGUGGUCCCAGGCCCUAAGGAAGUUAGAUUGGCUUCAACCAGAGCCAGGGCCUUUUCAACUCUGGCUCCGGCCUGGUGGAACGCUCUGCCUCAUGAGACCAGGGCCCUACAGGAUCUGAUUUCUUUCCGCAGGGCCUGUAAGACAGAGUUGUUCUGCCUGGCCUUUGGCUUGGAGCCAGUUUGAUUCCCUCCCUCCCUCUCUUUCUUUUUUCUUUUCCUUCUCCUGCGAUGAGGCUACAUUUUAAUAUUUUAAUGUUCCAUUAUUUUAAUGUUGUAUUUUAUUUUUGUUUUUAAGUUGUAAUCAUUCAUCUUGUUUUUAUUAUUGCUUGUAAGCCGCUCGGAGCCCGGCCUUGGCUGGGGAGGGCGGGGUAUAAAUAAAAAAGUAUUAUUAUUAUUUUUAUAUAAAACACGCUGUGAAAAUGCUUUUUUAAAAAACGUUUUGAAAAAUGCAGUGCUUUUUCUCAGAAAAAAAAUGUUUAGGCGUACUCUCAUUUCCUUACUCAUAUUGAAAUACUGGCCCUCAAUGAGGCCAAACUUAGAUUCACAAAAUGUUUAGGGGUAUGUGUACCCCUGCAUCCCCCCAGAAAAAAAGCACUGGAAAAAUGUACUGAAUUUGCCGUAGCUCACCUUCGCCAUCUAGUGUCACAUUCGUAUUUGCACUUUACAACACACUUAAAACGUUUUAUUUGCAGCUGUAUAGCCGAGUCCUCAAUAUGUCCGUUUGAGUUCAGUGGAACUUAUACCCAGGUAAACAUGUAUAGGCUACGGAGUGUAUGCCCUAACUUUCAUACUCUGUAUGAAAGAGGAACUUCUAAUACAGUUAAAAUAAGUUUUGUAGUUAAACUUAUAUACUAAAGACCAAGUACAUACAUCUUGUGAUAGAUGUCUUAGUCCAAUUUAUAUCCAAUUUAAUUAACUUGAUGAUGCAAUCAUUGAUUUCCAUUCUGAAAUGAACUCAUUGAACUGCUUUUCUUAAUGAGCUCUGUGCACUGAGGAUGAACUAAUUUGUGUGUCCUUUCUUGCAGAUAAGAUAGUGAGAAAAGCUGGUAGUCUGAAAGAUGCGCAUGUGUGCGAGGUAGGCCCUGGGCCAGGAGGAAUCACAAGAUCUAUUUUGAAUGCUGGUGUUGCAGAAGUCCUGUUAAUUGAGAAAGAUCCUCGUUUUAUUCCAGGGCUUCAGGUAUUCAAAUGUUUCACAAGACUUUUGAUAGUAAUUUUCCAAUUUUAGCUGUUUUAAACGUUGAAUAUCCUAUUUUAGAAGUUGGAUAUCCUAUUAAGUCUGUGCCAAAUAACAUUUCAGUUGUUUUGCCACAGUCCUGUUUAUUCAGCAGGUAGUUAGUUUUUUAAGUGUAUUCUCUUUCCAGUAAAUAUGAUCUGAGUCUCACCCUUAAUCACGAAUAUUGAGGCCUUUAUCUGUCCCAUGUUCGUGCUUUGAUAUAAAGAUACACACAGGAAGGUGAUGGAUGGAAGAUGAAGACCCCUACGUGAGGGGCAGGGUCAAGAGGAUCUCCCAGGGUGGGAGGUUGGGGGAAGAGCGGGAAGCUCCCUGGUGAGAGCUGAGAGGGUUCACUCUUCUGUGUGUGGAAUAAGGGUUAAGAUAUAUUUGUGAUAGAGGACUUUGUAGUCUCUGCCUCUUCUUCUUUCUAUACUUUAUUCCCCCCCCUUCCUUCUCUUAUUCUUGCUUUUUUUUUCUUUGCUAAAUCACAGAUGUUGUCUGAUGCAGCUCCAGGAAAAGUUCGUAUUGUUCAUGGAGACAUUUUAACGUAUAAUAAAUUAGGCAAAGCUUUUCCAGAACACCUUAUGAAGAACUGGGAAGAUGGUUAGUAUGCUAGAACUACAGUGAUUCAGAAUACUGUUUUUUAAAAAAGAUUUCUGUAAUCAAAAUGGCUAGCUGCUUAUUGGAUGAAUGGAACAUUCAGUGGUCUGUAUAUUUUCGGUUAUCUGUGAGUGCUAGGAGACUGGUAUACUCGUCUCAACAUUAUGCUUCCUCAAAGCAAUUGUGGAUAUUGUUUCUGGUUGGUGAAUACCUUGUGAAGCAGUCAUUUUUCUACACAUGUUCUUCUGACAGUGUAUAGAUGCAAUUUCAAGGUAUUUACCAGUUUCUGACACUUGGUUUCACUCUUGUUUAGAAGUUUGGUGUUUCCUUUCUAGCUGUUUAAUUCUUGCUGAGAGGAAAUGGAAAACAACAACAAACAAACCUAUGGUCAUGUAAAGCAUACUCAAACGAGACAUAACCGGCUGUGUUCUUAGAUAAAUAAGGUAUACUAUUCAUAGUAUCAAAUUAUAAAUUUCAACGGAAGUAACUCAUAAAGUUCAACAAACGUCAAGUCCUCAUCGGAAUGAGAUGCUUCUCAUUCUUACUUUGAUAGGUCUGAGAGUAUGACCUACAUACAACAAUCCACAGGGACAUCUAAUCACGUAAAUUACACGUGGAUUAGUACAUGUGGCAAAUGCCUGUGCAUGAUUAGAUGUCCCUGUGGAUAAGUAAGAAUAUCAGAACACCAAUCUAGGAUCAGGAACAAUGUAAUAAAUGCUUCUUUAGUGCAACAUUUUAUUGAAGCAUCUCAUUCCAAUGAGGACUUGACAUUUUUUGUAAUUUGGACGUAUUCAGGUCCUGCAGAACGAGCUAAAAAAAAUCCUUAUGCAGAAAGAAACUUGGGUUUUUUUCUUAUUCAAUUCCUUACAUCCCUCAGGUCUGAAUACUGAAUUGAUUAUAGUUGUUUUUUUGUGUGAAUUUGUACUAAUGUUUACAUGUAGCAUGGACUAAGUUUGUUUCCAAGUGGUUUAUUUUGAGCACUUAAUUGUGCAUCUGUGGAUUGCCAAUACUUUAGAUCCAAAAAUUGUUUACAUUUAUGUAUGAGUUUGUAUUAAUGUUUACAUGUAUAUCAUCUGAACAUGGAUUAAGUUUGGUUUUACUUUUGCUGUGCCAUAUGGGUCACUUUAAGAAAGAUAUUUUGUAUCUGUGGAUUGCCAACACCUGUAAUGCAAUCAAUUUUGUGCUUGUCCAUAUAACCCUACUUUGUAACAGUUGCUACUUACCGCAGCUACUGUUAUUCCAUAAGAUCCACUGUCCUGUAAUGUCACAUAUGGUAUGUACAGUUGUUUAUGGUUUUAUAUUAUUUUUGCUGUAAAAUGUGUGAGAUCAUGAUCUUGUAUUUAUUUGCAUUACUUAGAGCUUUAAGUACUGAUGAAGCCCAGGACGGUGAAACAAGGCCAAUAUUCUGGAAAUCCUUGUCUAGACUCUGUGUAAGGAUUUUGUGGAACUUUAGCAACCUUUUAUGUGGAUUUUUUGGACUUUACGAACAGACAGAUGGAAUAGUCACCAUUACACGGAUGGACCUUAUGCAUGAACUGACUAAAGAAUGAUCUGAUCCACCGGGUCUUCUGCUUUGUUCAUUUAUUGAACUUUAUGAGUUACUUCCGUUGAAAUUUAUAAUUUGAUACUAUGAAUAGUAUACCUUAUUUAUCUAAGAACACAGCCGGUUACAUCUCGUGUGUUUAGAGAGGAAAUGGAAGACAUUGAUGAUAGGAAGACUUCUUUCCCCUUCCUAUCCUAUCAUUCCCAGACUGCCAUUUUAAACUUGUCUCAAAUUCCUGAUCUGCAGGUCUUCUCCCACUGUGGUUCAGAUAAUUCACUUUCCACCCUGCUAUCAAAUAUUUUUAGCUGUUAGUGAUUGCAGUUUUAGUGGCAUAUGCAGAUAUUAAAAAAACUAGUAAUUGAUUGAACAUGUGUCUUUUUAACUUGAGAAGCUACUAAAGGAAGGGACAGUGCAUUCUCAUUAUGAAAAAUAAACUGAACCUUCCUACUACCCUAACUUUUGGCAGAAACCUCAGCCAAUAAGAAAAAAUUACAGGAAAAAAAAGAUUUUGGAGAUCUGUUGCACAUUUUUUAACAUUCACCUGAAUAAAAUGUGUACUUUAAAAACAACAACAUACAAACAAAAUGUAUGGGACCCUCAGAAUUUUUUCUGGGCCUAACCCAAGCAAGUUGUGACAGGCCCCUUCCAAUAGAUUUUUUUAAACUUGCUUUUGUAUUUAUUUUGGUUGGUUACAUAUACCUUGACAAGGCUUCAUCAGUGUGAUGUGUGAAUCUUUCAGCAAACAUAGCGCUAAACUAGACAUGACACUAAAUGUCUCGUCAGGCAUGAUAAAAUAUUCAGGUGGUAAUGAAUAGUUUGUAUUCUCUAUAGUAAAAAUAUGGUUGCUGGAUGUAUCUGCCUACCAACUGGCAGACUUAAUCCAUUUUGGAGGGGGUCAUAUGUCUGCAAAUGUCAUCUCCUUAUAUCAAAAAAGGGGAAAUACAUUGCUAUUUUUAGUAAUUUGGAGGCGGGGAGAAACAGGUUCAUUUUUAACAGAUCUAAUUAAUGGUCCCAGAUAAUGGAAAUGCACAGAGCAAAGGAAGCCCAAAUGAAGGUUGCUUCCCAUAGGUGCAGAGAUAUGUAAAAUCUUGUGGCAAAUUCCCACCCGUAGUGAAAAUGUGCUUCAUUCUUACAUAAAUAUCAAUUAAUCACAUAGAGAUAUGAAAAAAUGUUUUCUUUCACACUUUCUUAUAGAUCCACCAGACAUACAUAUUAUAGGAAAUCUACCUUUUAGUGUUUCAACUCCCCUAAUAAUCAAGUGGCUUGAGAAUAUAUCAAAGAGAGAUGGACCUUUUAGAUAUGGUAGAACACAGAUGACAUUGACCUUUCAGAAGGAAGUUGGGGAGGUAAGUUUGGUUCUUACUUCCUUAUAAAUUAUUAAACCAGAAACAGAUCUAAUAUGUAAAUUAAGAAAUGUCUUAGUUGUAUUUUGCUUCUGUUUUUUUCUUUGAGACCGGCCAUGGGCUGGAUCACUCCUGCGGAGAUCGUCCGUGGGCCAGACCGGCGCAGCGCGGUGCCGGAAAUGGCAUCUGCGCAUGUCCACAGUACUGGAAAUCGCUUCUGCGCAUGCCCAGACACCAAAAAUCGCACCUGCGCAGAAGCGAUUUCCAGUAUCUGCACAUGCACAGACGCGAUUUCUGGCGCUGCUCAGCAAGUCCCUGCGCUGUGCUGGUUUAGCUUGGUUCAGGGAUGGCUCGUGGGCCGGUAAAAUGGUCUUCGUGGGCUGCAUCUGGCCCAUGGGCCUCAUGUUGCUGACCCCUGCUGUACAUCUUAGUGUGUUGCUCUUUCAAUCUUCAAGAUUUGUAGGGAAAAACUUUUUGUAACAAAAAUUAUAUUGCAUGCUGUGCUAAUAUAAAAGUUAGACUAAAUUCUUCCUAGUGCAAGAGGUAUUAUUUUGAAGUUCCUUAGUUCUGGCUUUUCGUUUUACUGAAUUCAUUCUUAGGAUGAAAACACAGUAGUGGAACCCUUACCACUUUCAUCCACAACCAUUCCAAGGGGAAUCCAUUUCUUCUUCUUCUUCUUCCUAAAGAAAAAUAAACAAAAUAAAUAAAUAAAUAGCUUAGUACUACUAGUAUUACUACUACUACUAGCUUCAUAAGCAAGUCCUGACAAAAACUAGGGACAUCUGUCAAAGUAGCUGACUUAGACUAUGCAUAUCAGAGUCCAACAGAACGAUCCUACCCAUGAGUCCCCCAGGCUAUUUGAGCACAGUGCUAUGUGCUGUUUUUUUGUCGGGGGGGGGGGCUUGCAUUAACAAUACAUUUGUGCCAGCAUAAUCAAAACACUUGCAAUAAACUUCCAGAGUAGGGACAAAAAAUGGGUGAAUCUAGUAUAUGGCAAGAGAUCAGGGUUUCUUUUUGUGGGGAAAGAGCAAGAGUUGGGUGGAAACUUGGGACCAACACUGUGCCUGUUUAGUAUGUAAAUCCAUACAUAAUAGGUUCUGCCUUUGUAAGUCACCUGUGGCAGAUACGGUGCACCUCUUAUGGAAGUAUGUGGCAAUAAUUCCAUUUUGGAAAGAGUAUGUGGUGGUGGACCCUUGUGCUUCCUGUUGUGGGUUCUGUUCUUCCUUGGGACUGUGGUCCCCUCCUUUGCAAAAGCUUGUUCCCCUCACACUUAGCAGCAAAAUAACUCUCCUGCAGUAUUCUUACAGACUUGAACCCUUCUUCUGGUGAUCCCAUGGGUUCUUCAUGCAUGCCUCCUAUGCACUGAGCUAUAAAAGUAACUAAAUGUUGUGACUGGAAUUACACUCCUAACUCUGUUUUCUGACUUCAAGAUUGGUCGCCCAAAAUUUGGUUGAUGGCAGAGCUUGCUCACCAUUUUAGGAGGGCAACUCUGCAAGUACAAAUUCUCUAAAUUAAGGCAUAUCUAAGCUAAAUUGUUGAUUGGUUCUCUUCUCCAGAAAUUUAUAAGAUAGCCAAGUCUUGACAGGGUUGUGCUCCUCCCAAAGGAGCUGGUACAUUGUUUAGGGAUACUUCUUGAUCCAUCAUUGUCUUUUGACGCCCAGGUGGUGUUAGUGGCAAGGAGUGCCUAUUUCUAGCUGCAGCUCAUUCACAAGCUACAACCACUCCAGGACCAGAAUAAGUUUGCCGCAGUAAUCCAUCCUCUGUUAACCUUUCAACUAGAUUACUGUAAUGCACUCUUUUGAAGCUAUCUUUCAACAUGGUCUGGAAGCAGAAACUUUCAGUAUGGCCACCAGAAUUUUUAUUAGUACAGUGGUGCCCCGCAAGACGAAUGCCUCGCAAGACGGAAAACCCGCUAGACGAAAGGGUUUUCCGUUUUUGAGUUGCUUCGCAGGACGAAUUCUCCUAUGGGCUUGCUUCGCAAGACAAAAAUGUCUUGCGAGUCUAGAGAUUUUUUUUUCGCUUUUCCCCCCCUUUAUCUAAUCUGCUAAGCCUUUAAUAGCCUUUAAUAGCCUUUUAGCAGCUAAUCCCUAAGCCUUUAAGCCUUUAAUAGCCGCUAAACCGCUAAUAGCGCUAAUCCGUUAAGCCGCUAAUAGGGUUGCUUCGCAAGACGAAAAAACCGCUAGACGAAGACUCUCGCGGAACGGAUUAAUUUCGUCUUGCGAGGCACCACUGUACAAUGUACUAGGAGAACAUAUCUCCAGUUCUGCAGAAUCUGCACUACCAACCCCAGUUCAAAAUGUUGUUAACUUAUAAAGUUCUAAACCACUUGGCAUCCAAAUACUUGAGCAAGUUCCUCUCCCUAUAUGAUCUUGCUGGAGCCUUAAGAAAUGCAGUGAAGACUCUUUGUACCACCAGUGAAAGCUGCCCAGUGUAGUGACACUGAAUGAGCUAAUUUCUGUAGUGGCACCUUGUCUGUGGCACUUCCUCCCCUUGGAAGUGUGUAUGCUACCAGCACCUUGAAGUCACUGUUUCAGUCAUAUUUGGUAUUGAAGAUGGCCUUUUAUAUAUUGCAUCUUACAUAGUGCAAUUUAUGAAUGUUGAAUAUCAGUUCCUAAUGUUAUUGCCAUGAUAUAAGGAUCAUCAUCGGCACCAACCUCUUAAGAUGCUGCAGUUGUGAGACAAAACAAAUCCCUUUUAUCAGUUUUCAAUCCACGUGGUUUCUGGCACAAAUGCUGUGUUGGAUUUGCUGAAAUAUUUGAUAGUGUGAACUGCUUUCUAAGCUUAGUGAUCUGGCCAGUGGAUGAGACUUGUAAUUCUGAAAUAGGUUGGAAAUGAAAGGGAACAGUAUGUUGGCAGCUAGGAGGAAAUAAAGAGUCUGUGCUUUAUAUAGCUGUAACCAGCUGUAUAUGUGAUCAAUUUUUUCCCUUAUGUGUGACAUGUAGAUUAUAGUGCUUCUGCACAAAAUGUAGCUUAAAUGAGAUGGAAAAUAGCAUGCACAGUGAGUUUCUUGUGCUUGUCUGCUAGGAACAAAGCUACAGGAAAUGCAGUGGUAUGAUCAUGGUAAUAGAAUGAGCUAGAUUUGGUGGAAGUUUUCUGGUCUUUAAAAGCUUUUCUCCCCACACUUUCAAGUUUAAGUACAUCUUUAUUCAGUCCUUUCUUCAAAGAGCUCAGGCUUUUGUACAUUAUUCCUCCUUUCAUUAUUUUCACAAUAUCCCUGUGAAGUAGGUUUCCCUGAGAGAGAUGAGGGAUGCAAUGUCUGAUCUUCAUGACUAAGAGAAGAUUUUAAUUCUUGUUUCUCUGCUUCUGGCCCAACAUUGUUCUUUUUUUGUAAAUGCAACCAUAGAAAUAAGUCCCUAAAGACAACUUCAGCCAGUCCCUAAAGACUUCUGAAAAAGCCUGAUGCCUGAAAUUACUGGGGAGAGCUUACCUGUUGGAAAGAGCUUGUUUCUGAUAGACAUACACCAAACUACAGUCUUCAUGUGUUAAAUGGAAUACAUGAGGCGUAUAUAGAGGAGUCAUCCAAAUACCCAGUUCAGAAGGCAUUAUUUCAAGAACCAGUAUCUUGAACUGAGCUCAGAUAUGCCAGUGCAGAUAACAUUACACUGCAGUAAUAAGCUCUAAGUGUCCAGUCCCAGGAAUAACAAGUUGAAUGCAAUUAUGCAGGUCCAUUUGCAGAAGGGCUUUUGACCCAACAGAUACCUCCAUUAACAGAAGAGGUGAUUUUUGCCAAUUGCCUCUUUUGUGUCCCAAAGAUCUGAUCUGGUGGGUUGGGAAACCCUUCAGUACAUUGUGGAUAAUGGUGCUGGGAGCUUUAGGGCAAAGGGGGAAUUGGUGAAAACUUAUUUCAUCUUUCAUUAUCUGAUACCUUUGCUAGAUGAAAAACUCUUUAACGAACAAAGGGACCUUUCUUGUUUGUACAGUGGUACCUCUAGAUGUGAACGGGAUCCAUUCCGGAGCCCCGUUCACAUCUAGAAGCAAACGUAACCCGUGUCCGCGCGUGCGUGGGUCACGUUUCGGGGGCUUCUGCGCAUGUGCGUGACGUCAUUUUGAGCGUCUGCGCUUGCGGAAGUGGCGAAACCAGGAAGUAACGCGCUUCGUUACUUCUGGGUUGCCGCGGAGCACAACUCGAACGCGCUAAUUCCGAAGCACAUUAAACCCAAGGUAUGACUGUAUGAGACCCAUAGUGAAGUUAUGUUCACUACUUGCAUCAUAGAUAUGGGGAUAUCUGGGCAAUUGGUCCAGUAGGCCUAACUUUGAUGCUAAGUGGAAGCCCUAUUGGGAUUGGUUCCAGUUGUGUUCCUGAGCUGUGCUGAUCCCUCUUGAAAAAAGGGUUUGCUCUUGGCAUUGAUUAGCAUGGACUGCAAGCCCCUUGUGGCUGGGAUUGUCCUUUCCAGCCCAGCUUGGGCCCUUUGCUUUGUUACGUGUUUAUAAGGAUUAUUGGUUUUAAAAAUCUAUAUGCCUAUCAUAGGUAAAGGUAAAGGUACCCCUGCCCGUACGGGCCAGUCUUGACAGACUCUAGGGUUGUGCGCUCAUCUCACUCUAGAGGCCAGGAGCCAGCGCUGUCCGCAGACACUUCCGGGUCACGUGGCCAGCGUGACAAGCUGCAUCUGGCGAGCCAGCGCAGCACACGGAAACACCGUUUACCUUCCCGCUGGUAAGCGGUCCCUAUUUAUCUACUUGCACCCGGGGGGGGUGCUUUCGAACUGCUAGGUUGGCAGGCGCUGGGACCGAACGACGGGAGCGCACCCUGCCGCAGGGAUUCAAACAGCCGACCAUGCGAUCAGCAAGUCCUAGGCGCUGAGGUUUUACCCACAGCACCACCCGCGUCCCAUGCCUAUCUAUAUGCCUGUGGCUUGUGUGAAGGGGGGUACAUAAAUAAAUAAAACGCAUGCCCUUUUUAGACAUUAAUGGACAUCUUCAGAAGCUUUUUGAUCGUUUUUCUGAUUAAGAGAAUGCUCUGAAAGUCUCUUCUGUUUUUUGCGAGUUAAAUAUCACCUGUUAAAUUUCUAGAAGUUAAUGCUUAAUUAGCUGGAAUGAAUUUACUCACCAAAAAGUGGUUUUCUUUCACAGAGAUUGACAGCUAGUACAGGAGCCAGGCAGCGAAGCAGACUUUCCAUUAUGUCUCAGUACUUGUGCACUGUUCACAAGUGUUUCACAAUUCCAGGUCGAGCUUUUGUUCCAAAGCCAGAGGUGAGUCUCUUCUUUCUUUAGUACUAAGAAUUAGAAAUUAAAUCUUCAAACUUAAAAUGGCAAAGCCACCAGCACAUAAAUGCAAGCUGAAUGUGCUGUCUGAUUCUGAGAAAUUGGACUGAAUGAGUGCUGAAAUCACACACAACUAUAGAUUUAGAUCCAAAGAUCCUGAAAAGGAAAUUGCUCGUUGACUGUAUCCACCUGAGGCAAAUAUUGCCUAGAGUUGCCUGCCCCCUGCUCUUGCGAAGGACAGGAAUUCAUCAGGCAAAUCGUGUGUGUGUGGUUUUUAUCAUAGCUUUAGGAGUUUUCUUGUACCAGUCUCAUAGCCAAAAGCAAGAGAUGGGUCAAUACAUCAGCCAGCACGUUACAGUAAUAUUGUUGCUGAAGAAUAUGUAUCAGAAUUGGAUUGCUAGUAUGAUUUGUUUGUGAUAUUUUGAAAUUCAAAAAGACUGAGUAAUUAUAUCACCAACUUCUUUUUGAGUAAUUCUUCAAACUGACCAUUUUGAACCAUGGCCUUGCAAAUGGUACCUCUUUUCAAAUGGUGUUGCAAUUUUAAUACAGCCUGCCUUUGUAAAGUGAUUCCUGCUAUGUGAGGAAAAUCCCUCAAAGCAAAAUGAAUUGCACAGAAUUCCUGAAACUAUAGGCAUUAGUGUUGAUCAGUGACAGUACCACGAAUUUAAAGAUUUACAGCUAACUGGCACUUUGAGGAUUGACCAACAGAUGCCCAGAGAAAGAAUGUAAUCUGAAAAGCUGCUUUUGCCCAUGGAUUAGUAGCCAGUUACAGUCAACAUGGGAUCUAAGUAAAGGUUUAGGGAGGUGACAAAUACCAGACUAGGAAUGCAGACUUGAAGAUUAAGCUUGGCACUAGCAGAGGAUGAAUGAACCUAUAGCACUGCUAUGAAUAUACAGUCAUAACUCGGGUUAAAUGCUUCAGGUUGAGCGUUUUCAGGUUACGCUCUGCGGCCGUUACUUCUGGGUUUCGCUGCUUGUGCAUGCACAGACGCUCAAAAUAGCGUCAUGUGCGGAAGCGGUGAAUCGCGACAUGCGCAGACGUCGCUUCAGGAUGCGAACAGGGCUCCAGAACGGAUCCCGUUCACAUCCAGAGGUACCACUGUAAAUUGAUGUGGUCAUUUUCAACUCAGUUGCUACAAGCCCAGUUGUCAGAUGCUGCUUUGAAAAGCUCCUGAACACUAACAGCAGUGGAGCCAAUCAAACUUGCUUGAAGCUGAUUUGGAGGUGACUUAAAAUGAUAAGCAGAAAUUUUCUCAGUAGUGCAGAGUCAAUUGAGUAUUAAUUGGGAGAUUAAUCUGGGAUAUUAAUCAAUGCACCUGCUUAAUUCUUGGAUCUUGAAACAACCAAGCCACAAAACCUCAUGUUUUAAUUGGGAUUCAGUCUCAGUUUAUUGGCCCUCAUCUGAUAAAUUGUAUGUAUGCUGUUCUCAACUCCUUGGAAGGAAACUAGGAUACAAAUGUGUCAAACACGUUUCAUAAAUUCACUCAACAAGGUUGGUAUGGACACUAAAUCAAUCAUUCGUGCUUUUAGUAAUGAGAUGAUGGGUUGUAGUUAUUGUACUAAAGAGAUACAGAAGCAAGGCAAAUUUCCUAGCGGUAGUGGUUAUGUAGUAGCCCAAGACUGAUCUACAUUGUCAGGUUGAAACAAUCAGAAGUCAUUCAAGUACUGUAAGAAGCUUAAUGCAUGAAAGUUAUUUUAUUUCUAAAUGCAGUAACAGCAAACCUGCAACUUAAAUGUACUGCAACUUACGCACAUUCAGAUUUAAGUGUGUGGCAGUUAAAAAAAAAUAGAAAGGGGGCAUAGUUCCAGGAAAAAAGGCUUUGGCAAGUCCACCUGCCAUUGAACCCAAUGAGGUUUGACUGUUUUUGAUUUUGGCUUUAGGUACUGUCCCUGAAAUGUAACCCCCAUGUAGGUUGCGAGGUUUUCUGUACAGUGUUGCCUUUCCCCCAUUCUCUGUGCAUCUGGAAAUACCCCUCUAUAAACACUGAAGAGUACUCUUGGGGAUUCUCAGAAUUUGGUGGGAAAUAGAAGAAUGUUUUCUGUGUAAGACAUUCUGGAUAUCAGGUGUGAUAAUUCCUAAAGGUAAAGGGACCCCUGACGGUUAGGUCCAGUUGCAGACGACUCUGGGAUUGCAGCAUUCAUCUCGCUUUACUGGCCGAGGGAGCCGGCGUACAGCUUCCAGGUCAUGUGGCUAGCAUGACUAAGCUGCUUCUGGCAAACCAGAGCAGCGCACGGAAACGUCGUUUACCUUCCCGCCGGAGCGGUACCUAUUUAUCUACUUGCACUUUGACGUGCUUUCGAACUGUUAGGUUGGCAGGAGCAGGGACCGAGCAACAGGAGCUCACCCCGUCGCGGUGAUUCAAACCGCUGACCUUCUGAUCGGCAAGCCCUAGGCUCUGUAGUUUAGACCACAGCGCCACCCGCGUCCCUUUGUGAUAAUUCCUGUUUCUUGCAUAGUGGAGAUGGUCUUUUUCAUCUGUAGGAGAGAAGAACAGAGACUGAGCUAGUCUGUGCUUUUUUCUCUUGGCCUAUUGAGCCAUGUGCUGUUGUUGUGUCAUGCUAAUGUUCAUUUGUGCCAGCAACAGGGUACUUGUUUGUCUUGCAGAUCUGUUUUGUCUUUUGAGAUCACCAUGGUGGUGUCUUUUGAGAUCACCAAUGGAGAGUUGUGUAUGUUAAUUUCAUUUGCAUUAGUAUGUGGUGCCAUCUGCUCUUUUUCUGAUGGUGCUCUAUCCCCCCCCCUCCUUUGUACUGGAUGUGUCUUUCUAUGUGAAUGUUGUAGCAAGAAUAUAUGCCUUUAGGGAUGGUGCUCACUGUUAAUGACUAUUCUCCUUCUCUGUCUCUCUGUAUGUGGCAUUUCGUUUGCUCUGACAUGGUUUUGUUGGCAGCAAUUGCUUGGUGUCAUUUUUCAGCACUGUGUCUUUGUAGACUCUGUCAGAGUAUUUUCACUUCUUUUUUUAAAAGCUGAGCCUGUUAAGCGUUUAGCUGGAAUGACCCUGUAGUGCUCUAAUAUUGUGUUAUUUGUGCUAAUGGAACCUUCCAAGCUUGCCUUUCAGUCCUUAAGUUCAGACAAUAUGUUUCAGUUUUGCAAACUUUUAAAUAAUUCUACAGAUAGGAUGCUUAAUACACAAAGUGUACAGAAGCAGUUCAGAGUGCCAGGCUGAUUCCUAUCAUAUUUUAUAUUUUUGCUGGAAACUCCCCCCCCCAGCCCAACCCCCAAAUACUUUCUUGAUCUCUGAUGUAUUCUAAAGAGAGCUGAGAAUAUGCAUUGGAGAAAAUGAUGGCCUUACUGCUUACACUGGUAAACCACCACUGUUUGUUUGAGAAUUAAACCCACUGAAAUAAUUGAGACUGCUUUGGAAUAACUAUUACGUUCAAGCUUGUAGCUCAGUGUAGCUCAGAAGAGCUUGUAUUCUCUUCUGGGGUCUAUGUUUGCUCCUGGAUCUCCCUGUUGGGGGAGCAAUGUGGUCUGGAUUAUAUGUCUUACUCUGUGGGUGUCGUACAUAUGGAGGAUUCUGUAUUUGGUUUUCCUUUCAUACCAUGAUCUUGAUCUUUAUCUUAAUGACCAAGUAGCAACAUUAAUAUUUCUGUGAAUCUUCUUUUUCCUGGUUUAAGUUUUGGCAUAUCUUUUCUUUAAGAAAAAAUAUAUACAUUGGACUGUAAAAAGCCCCAAAACACACCUGAGCUUGUUUAGGUAUCACAGGUAUUUGCAAUAAAAAUAAGACAGUAUUUAUUUAUUCAUCCUAAAAGAGUUGUUGGCGGUGGGGGGGGGGGUAGACACCUUAUUAUUUACAGACCUAAGAUUGAACCACUGCAAUCACCAAAUAACUUUGGUACAUUCUUGGUCUGUCUGUCCAUCAAUCUAUAGUGGGUAAUGAAACAAGUUUCUUGAAUUUUAACACACGUUUCACAUUUGAUUAAGAGCCCUGCUGAAUCAGACCAAAGGCCUAUCUAGUCCAACAUUCUGUUUCUCACACGUGGCUAGCUAGACUUGCCUGUAAAGCUCACAAAAAGGACACUAGGGCAAUAGACCUUUCCCUAUUGUUGUUUGCAAACAACUGAGGCAUGCUGCCUCUGAUCCAGAAGGUGGUCUAUAGCCAUCUUUGCUAGUAGUCAUUAAUAGCCCUAUCUUCUGUGAAUUUGUCUAAUCACCUUUUAAAGCCGUCUAACUUUGUUGCCAUCACCACAUCUUGUGAUGGUGAAUUCCACAGUUUAACUAUGCAGUGCGUGAACAGUUCCUGUCUUGAAUCUCCCACCUUUCAGCCUUAUUCAAUGAACCUGGCUAGUAGCUAGUAGUAUGAAAGAGCAAGAAAACGUCUCUCUUCACACCAGACAUUAUUUUAUACACCUCUAGCAUGUCCCCUCUUACCUUUUUUGUAAAUUAAGAAGACCCAAAUGUUGCAACAUUUCUUAGUAUGGGAGUUACUUCAGCUCCCUUUUCAUUUUGGUGCCCUUUUCCUGUACCUUUUCUAUGAAGAGCUGUUCACAUCUCCAACUCAGAGCUAAUAUUUGAAAGAUGGGUAGAAAAAUUAAAACUAAUAUGGAACUAAUAAUCUUACUCAUCUUUUACAAGAGGCCAAGCCAUAUUCUUUAGUGAAAUGUAAACUCAUUAUAUUUGCACUAGAAUAUCUGUGUGUAUGCAAAUUUACACGUGUCCCAAGUUAUGGCCCAAAAAUCUCUUUUCUAUUCCUUCCCUUAUAUACCAUAUUUUUUGCACCAUAACACUCACUUUUUUCCUCCUAGAAAGUAAGGGGAAAUGUCUGUGCGUGUUAUGGAGGGAAUGCCUACGGGUGGCGGGGGGGGGGGAUGUGCUGCAGUCGUGAGCAGAGAAUCCAUGGUUCCCCUUCCUUCCCUCCUCCGUGGCUCGCUUUGAAACAGCAAAGCGGGAGAAGAGCCGCUGAGUGGGGAGGAGAGAGGGACAGAGAGCCUGCUUCUUUAAAGGAGCAAAGUGGGAGAUGAGAGGAGCCACUUACACAAGUGUAAGCGGCUCCUGUCCGGUUGGUUCCUUUAAAGCAAGCAGGCUCUCUGUCCCUCUCUCCUCCCCACUCAGCUCGCUGCAUAGCAGCAAAGUUUUUCAGCUCGCUAAGCCAGGGAUGAGCGGGGAGGAGGGAGAAAAGCAGAGCCUGCUUGCUUUAAAGGAGCAAAGUGGGAGAGGAGAGGAGAGGAGCCUUCUCCUCUUAUACCCCUCUUCUGCAUUAUUAGCAGCAUCAUCCUCCACCCACCCCACGCGUGCUUCUUCUCCCCUUAAACCCCUCUUCUGCAUUAUUAGCAGCAUCCUUCUCCACACCACGCAUGCUCCUUGUCCCUUGAGUGCUUUUCCUUCCCUCCCCACUUAAAACGUGGUUACAAAGCACGGAUCCACAUGGAUCCUCAGUAUUUUUGCACUGGGUCACCCCAAAUUCACCAUCAGAUCACAUAGCAUGUCCAUGGCUACAUCUUGCACCAAAAAAAUCACGCACCCACUGUUGCCUGGGACCACAGUGGUGCAAAAACUUGGUUACAAAGCAUGGAUCCACAUGGAUCCUCAGGAUUUUUGCAUUGGGCUACUCCAAACUCACUGUCAGAUCACAUGUCUGUGGCCACAGCAUGAACCACAAAACUCAUACAUCCACUGUUUCGUUUAGAAUAUUUUUUUUCUUGUUUUCCUCCUCUAAAAACUAAGUCCGUGUUAUGGUCGGGUGCGUGUUAUAGAGCGAAAAAUACGGUACCAAAGGAUUCAAACUCUGCCUCGCCUGCUGAAUAGAAAUGAGGGGUUCCCCACAGUGACUAAUAAUCAUUUCAGCAUGUUAAAAAGAAGGUUAUGAGAAUCAAGGCAAAUUAACCAAGUGAAUCAUGCUGACAAAGUAAUUGCAAACUGAGUUGCUAUCACCUGCAAGAACUCUGUGUGUGCCAGAUUGCCAGUAACUCUGAUCCAAUAAUAAAUAGUUUGCAUAAAAUAAAGGAUUUAAAGAAACCAAAUGAUGUACAGGUUAAAAUCACACUGAAGCCCUGAACAGAUUGGGAACAGAUGCAUUUUGGUUAGUUAAAUCAUGCAGUGACUUGGGUAUAACAUACAGAAGUCAAGGAGAAGACAAAAAUAUUUUUAAAGUGGAGCAUGAAAUUGGAGGGUUUAAGUUUCUUUUAGUUACAGAGGCUGCUGCUGAUACACCCAUUUCUUAGUCCUGAGCUGUGUCUAACCCUUCAAUUAGCUGCAGACUGCUAAGUAGACAUUUUUUUAAAAAACAUAAAAAUGGAAUCUGCUGCAGGUGGUCAGGAGAUGAGGGGGCAGCUUUGGCAACAACUGAAGCAGUGUCUUCAGCCUCUGAUAUGCAAAUACACGAGGCUUUGUUUGUUUUUAAAUGAAGAAAUUUAGUUACCAUGGUAGUUGGGUAUUGACAAUGAAAGCUACAAUUUUAAAAACAAUACAUAGGGUUUCACAUAAAGGCAGAGUAGGUUUGGCGGGUAUCCUAAUUAAAAUUAGAGUUGUGUUGAAAUUAAGUAAGCCACAUUACAGAUAUCUAACUUUCGCAUGCUAAAAAACAACAACCUGUACAGUACGCAUUUUUACCGUUCUUUUUGUUUGUUUUUUUCGAAUACAAUUCAGUUGCAAAGCAAUAUCAACAUAAAUUAAUGGUUGCUGCAGUGAUUUAAAUCCCCCCCUGUACCAUACCAGAGUGUAAUUAUGACACUUGCAUCAAGAACAAAAAACUUUCUUCUAUAUUUUAAAAAACCCAGAACUACAAUAAGCACCCCCCCCCCCCCCAACAACUGAGCAGGAGCCUUGAGUGACAGACCGGCAACUGUAUUUACACAUAAUCCUUCAGGUUGUAGCCUGUGUUGUUCUCUUGCUGGGCAGCUGGGAACUGUUGCUGUGUUUUGUUGGGAUAAAUCCAUGUUCUUUGCUGCUUUGUAAAACAGGAAGUGCCAAAGAUGGCACCUGCAGUGAGCAGAAGUCCUGCUGAAAUGAAUCCAAUGUAAACUGCUCCUCCUGGUUCAUGCUUACUGCUUUCUGGGACUGUUGGGUCCAGAAAAUUUGAAAUGAUUUCUCUCGUGUACCAGGCUGUUGGUAUCAAGCCGAAUAUACCUGCAAGGAUGAAGAAGACUCCUCCUGCAAAUGUAGUGUGGCUCUUGGUGUCAUGGUCUCCUCCCAGCCGAGUGCACUUCAUCCCCAUCGUGGCGAUGCAGAUUCCAAAAGUGGAGAGGAUGCAAGACAACACCAUGGUGGUCCGUGCUGCCUGGAUGUAAACAGGGAGGGAGAGGAUUGAAUAUUUCAACGUGCAGCUAAACAUCCCGGUGCUGUACCAUGUGCAGUCCAUCCAGAGUCCUUGCAUCUGAGUUAUGGCUGUGAUGAUGUUUGAACCUACGUCUGCGUUCACCUUCCAGUUGGGCAACAAGGUGGCUGUAAUUGCACCGAAAACGCCAAACAAGGCUAGAAUGAAAGCAAAGAACUGUAGAGCUGCUGAUGCCAUGAUGAGAUGUGCUGUCACCUUUUGUCUGCCUGUUUCUCUCCUGUUGUAAACCUUUGUAUGCCUGAUGGCUCCCCAGCCACGGCUAUAGCUGUCCGCAUGUGAUAGAAGGGGGAGGAAGGGGGGAAGUGGCAGGGGCAAAGGAAAGAGAAAUGAGCAAACUAGAACACUUGCAUUUAAAAUCACUGCUAUCUGAAUGAAUGACUGAACGUGACCCUGCAGCAGAUGAGAAGGCUACAAAAGCACAGAGCAGCUGUACACAGGGCACUUGAACAGAAAUGAUUAUAAAUGAACAGUGUGUGAGCGACUGAGCACAAGGAACUACCCUUCAAUAUUCUGCCACUUCAAGAAAACUCAAAUUGAAACACUGAAGGCACAAGACUAGGAUCAUGUAAAUGCUAAAAAACACAGAAAUACAAAAUUGAGCUAUUCUUGCCCUCAGUGGCCAUCUCGCUUCUGUGGCACAAAAGUAGAAUAAGGUAUCUAUUCAAAUCUACAAUUAACUAAAGCAAUGGCUUGUAAGUAUAUACUUUCUUCCCAGUUUCCAUAGGAAAUUUUAAUCCUUGGAAAUUUAGGUCAGUAUAAUCUUUUCCCCAUUCACAUGGUUUUUAAUGGUUCAGCAAGUGCUCUUUUAUUUAUAUAUUUAUCUCAUAAAAUUUGUACACUACUUCGUUGUUUUUUUAAAAAAACCAACCUCAGCAGUUUACAAAAAGAAUAAAAUGAUCAAUAAAAGCAGUUAAAACAAUUAUUUUUUAAAAUAAAUCAGUGGUAAACUAAAAACAGAUUAAAACACACAUCAGCGUUCUUUCUGCCCAUCUGAGUAGGCAUAUCUAAACAAAAAUGAUUCCAGCAGGCAUCAAAAAGAGCACAGUAAAGGCCCCUGUCUGAUGUCAAUAGGCAGGGGGUUCCAAAGCAUGGGUGCUGCAGCACUAAAAGAUUGCUUUCUUACGAAUGCAGAAUAGGUAUUAUGUGCUCCCUGUAACAGUGCCAGUUCUUCAUAUCAAAGUGUUGGAGUAGACAUAUAUGAAUUAAGGCAAUCUUUCAGGUAAACAGGUCCCAAGUUGUUGUUUUACAAAAAAUCUGUUUCCUUACUAUUUUCUGAAGAGCAAAGCUCAAACUUCUGUGUUGGCCAUAUAGAGCUUGAAAUUCCUAAGGACUAGAACAGGGGUUGGCAAGGUUUACUGGCCAUGGGCCAGAUCACUCCAACAGAGAUCGUCCAUGGGCUGGACUGGCGCAGUGCAAUGCCGGAAAUCGUGUCUGCACAUGUCCGCGGCGCCAGAAAUCGCUUCUGUGCAUGCCCAGAUGCCGAAAAGCGUGCCUGCACAGAAGCAAUUUUCAGCGUCUGGACAUGCACAGAAGCGAUUUCUGGUAUCUGCACGUGCGCAGAUGCCAUUUCCGGCGUCGCGCUACACUGGUUUAGCACAGCACGCUGGGGACUUGCCAAGCAGACGGUUCGGUUGGGCGGCUUGUGGGCCGGUAAAACAGUCUUUGUGGGCUGCACGUUGCCAACGCCUGGACUAGAAACUUAAAUUUACCCUAUCCCUUGAUUUAAACUAACCACCUCUGAUAUAGCACAAUAACUAAUAAGAAAUAAAGCUAUUGCUAAAGACUGAAAGAAUGAUUCAGCUAAAUUUAAGUACAUUUAAAUUUCGUUUUAAAUGGCAGGGUCAGCUGCAUGUUAACUCUGAAAUCAAUGCUGCCGUUGAAAUCAGUGACACUUAAAUGUGCUUAACAUUAGCUGGAUCAUUUCCUUGCAGUCAAAAUGAUGCCUGGUACAUGGAAAACUCUUAUAUAGCUCUAGGUUUCAUAUAUUUUGUUGGACAAAGAGCCAUGAUAAUUAAAAUUAUAGAAUAAUAAUGUUAUAAUUACUUUUAAUUCCAAUUCACAUGAAUUGGAUUUAGAAGGAGAGGAGGUUUGAGCAUUCUAACUAUAGAGAAAGGUCAUUAGUUUUAUACUAUUAAUCCUAAAGUAUUGAAUGCAAGCUCAUCUAAUUAAUUUAGCUGUUCAUAAGACCACUUACUGGCAUUCUUAGCUUUUAAAUAGUGCCAGUGACUUCAGUUGGGUGGUAUCACUUACGGUAGUAACAGGGUGGAUAAAAUUGCAGGUCCAUUAAUUUUGGUAGGACUUCACCAGUGAACCACUUGAAGGUCAAAGCAGAAAGGCUUGGGGAAGUCCAAUACAUUUUUGCUCUAGGUGUUACAUUUAGGUCCUCUCCACCUGCAAACAUCCCAUCUCCUGCCACAUUGAAAUGGACAUGGGUUCAGUACCUCUUAAACCAUUUGGGUUCAGUGGAAAAGUGCACAAAGUGUAUUCAGGGGGCGGGGUGCUACCCAGUGCAACAGACAAUGCUGGCCCACAUGGGCCAGUAGUCUAACUCAGUGCAUAUGUGUGUACUCUUUGGAACCAACCUGUAUAAUAGAAGUAAUAGUAGGACUUGGUGUGAUUAGGUUUUUUUAAAAAAUACAUGUAUUUGAAUUUGAAAGGCUGGGGUUAUACUGAAUGGUAGAUGAGCUAACAUCUCUUGUGAAAAGCAGCAUGUAAUUGACAUACAAGCCUGAGCAUAUUCAGAAUCCAGUAAUUAAUGGAUUCUUCAGCUUGUGCUUUUCUCAUGUAUAUAACAAGACUUGGAAUCCAAAAUGUGCUGCCAACAUCUUUAAAACAUGUAAACAUCAUUAUGCUGAAACAGCCUUUUUUUUACCUGCUUAGGUAGAUAUUUUGAAGAAUAGAGUGGUUUAAGAAAAAAGAACUUUUGACCUUUUCUGUAAAUACUGCAUUGCGUGCACUUAUGCUUAGAACAAGCUUAGAACAAGGGUCUGCCCACCUGGGUUUUUUUUGGGGGGGGGGCAUUUGUAUGAUAUCUGUUAUGACUGACAUCUGCUGAUUUUAACUUUUACUUGGACCAGAGAAAGAAACUAGAUUAGUUUUAUACAUAUAUUUUAUAUAAUUGAUGUUGUCUGUCCUUUAAUAGGUAUUUUAUUUUCUGGAUAAUGAUUUUAUAGCUAAAGAAGCACUUUAAUAAGCUUUCUAAACAAAUCUUGCUCAGUUCCCCACAAACCCUAAUUGCCAUCUCUUCUGUUGUAUGAGCCAAAGUACCCUUUUCACUACCCACCACACACAUUAUACGGCAACUUGUGUAGAGAAGGGAGUCACUGUCUGUCCCCUGUGAUCCAAAAUUUAACUUCUUUUUUCAAAAGGUACAUUAAAAGAAAUUUCUGGCAGAUGUGAAGUUCUCUUGGCAUCUUUUGAUUGUGUCAUAGACCAAGGGGAGCAAAUAUCACCUGGGCUACUCAGAACAAUUUUCUGUUUCCAUGCCCUCUCUCCCCCUUUCAGCAGAGAAACUGUAUUUAGUUAUCUGCCCCAUUUGCCACCAGUGCAGAGAUACACAUUCUUUCCUGCCCUUCUGGUAGUCUUUGAAAAGUGUGACACCCAGUUAGUGAUCAGUUUAUGGAACUGCUGCCAUGGCAGAAAAUCUUGAUUGGUUCUGACAGCUUCAGGAAAUUUUGCUUUAUUAAUUUAUCAGUAAGAGAAAUUAGUAAGAGAAGUUGGCAUCAGUAAGAGAAGUUGGUCAGGAGAGCUGUCCUGUUAUAUUAUUAUUAUUAUUAUUAUUAUUAUUAUUAUUAUUAUUCAUUUAUUUCUAUGCCACCUUUCUCUUAGACCAGGACUCAAGGCAGCUUACAGAUAUAUCUGCUUCUAAAACAGUCCAACCUAAAACAGUUAUGCAAGAGCCUUUCUACCCUCUCAUAGCCUCAAUUUUCCACAAUAUAGUUUUAUAUAGCUUGAAAGUUUGCUGCAUCUUUAAAGAGCUGCUUGGCUCAGCAAAAGAGAUUGACUUGUUAACUAGGUCUAUAUUUCUGUGGGACCAGCAGGCUACCAACCAACCCAUGGAUCUGCCACAGAGCAGGUGCCCCUGUUUACUCCACAUCCAUUUCAUAGGCUGCGAGGGUGGGAAAUGGAGCCAUCCCUGCGUGGCACUGUCUACCCAUCAUUCUUUUACUAUUCAUCUUUGCUUCAGAUUUUGCAUUUCAGCAGCUUUAAAAAUUAAAACAAGCUUGAUGACAAUAGGAAUGGUAGCUUAUCCCAAUAACUGCUAGAAGCAGACUAAAUUACACGCACAUUAAACUGCAAUGUUUGGUUAGAACAUUUUUAAACACCAUAAACUGUAAUGUACAGAGUCUAAUGAAGUUCAGUACUUACUGCUAAAUGGGAGAUUCAGGAUGCUUUCUCAGCAGUAUAAGUCGUAGAAACAACUUCUCUUGAGUGUAAAGAUCUCUCUUCAUUAAAAAAAUGCAUUGGGGUUUUUUUAUUAAACAAAAAUAGCUCUCUGAUGCUAUGACCACAGCAGUCCUGCCCAUUCCCUGUCUUAGUACCAUCUACUGGAGAAUAAAGAACUACUUUGUUUAAUGAAUCUGCACUGAAGGGGGGGGGAUACUUUGUUGAAGGAGCAAAUGCAAAGAGAUCAUGGAGGAAACACAUGCAAACCCUUAAUUCUAAAAAUACAAUGAUUUCUAGAUCCUAUGAUGAAUGUUCGACAGUAGUUUAGAAAUCAGGAGAAAUGUAGAGCAAUAUGUAUUUCAAAAAACAUAAACUUUUAUCCCCCCCAACCCUAUAUUUUGAAAGCUGCUUUAAUUAUAAGGAAACUUCAGAAUGACCUUUAACUGCACCUGCAAAUCAGAAUUUACAUUGCAAACAGCCACCACUACCCCAAAUCCUCCACAAUAAGUUUAUAAUUCCUGCUAUUAAUUAUGGUGCAGAAAUAUAUUUAAAUUGACAAAGGUAUAUGGCUGAGUUUUACAUACCUGCUACUAGUAGCCUUCUCUAGUUCUUUCUGUAAUUAGUCACCUUUCCCUAAAGACCAGAAGGCAAAAUAAAGUAGUAAUGCUGAUGAAGCUUUGUGAUUAAAUACAGAGCACUGUUGAGGAGAUCCUGACAAGUCAGCAAGAGGGAGACUAUAAAGCAAAGAAAGUGGGAAGGGAAACCUGCUGAUUGUGCAGCAAGAUAAAUAUGAGUUCUCCCUAUUGUCGUCUGACUCUUCGCAGUGUGUAGAAAAGGAAAAGGCAGUAGUUUGUAGCAUGUGAUAGUUGACAGCUACAUAAUUUUAUCCCUUGCUUCAUUAGUUUUGGAAAUAACGGGUUCUACGUUUUCCUCUCAGAACAGUUUUAAUGUUGAGUUUUUAAAGUUGAUCCAUACCACAGUAAUGCAGUUUCACAUUUGAUUUCUACAGCCUCUGGUAAUUGUGUCUGGGCUUAGUAAUGGUUGACCCUGGGCUGCAACAGGGUCUCUGAUUGAGCUUUGGGAGUGAAGCUUCUUGGGAGUGAAGCUCAUUGCAGCAACAGGAUGAGCCCCUUUCCUUCUCCAGCCCAGUAUAAGGAUAGGGGUUUGUUUCUGUGGUCUCAUGCGCUUUGAAAACACUUGGAAGCUUUUCAUGUCUGGAGAGGACUACAAUUCUAUUGAAACACUUCAUUGGGCGUAAGUCUAAUUGAACUCGGUUGGACUUACACCUGAGUAAACGUUCAUAGCAUUGGGCUGCACAUGUAUUUGACUUAAUGGCAUUAAAUUUGUUUAAAGCAUUGAAAUGGAUGGCCUACUCAGUGGACUCCAUGGCUGACAGUGGAAAUGCACAGAAAAAGUACAUGUGGUUGUAACGCAUUUAUGAAGUUGCUAGACUAGUAUUCCUUUAAAUUGGGGAAACUGACCCACAAGAUGCUGCUGGACUACAACUCCCACCAUCCCUGACCAUUGCUAUGCUAAUGGAAGUUGGGGUCCACCAAAUCUGGAGGGCCACAGACGCUCCACAGACGCUCCAUCCUUUUUGCAAAUAAAGGAAUGUCUGUAAAGCAGCAAGGGGAUGGGAUGGUAAAUCAUAAUUAUUUCUCUUUUUAUUCCCCUGGUCAGGUAAUUAGGUAGACGUAUCCAGGGCCAUGAUGGGCCAGCAGUUUUUGAAACUCUGCGAGUGGGAGAUUCAACAGAGUUGUUGUGGUAGUGGAAAUCAGUGCAAUGAAUCCCACUGGUGCAAUGCAAGUCCACCCCCCCCCCAAUCUGCUUGAGAAGGUUAGGAGAACCCCCAGAACAACAUGCAGCACUGCACUCCAUUGGCUGUUUUUCCUUACUCAUUUUGUGAACUUGAAAUAAGUACUUAAGCUUCAAGAGCAGACAGAUUGUUGUAUAAAUGGGUUUUAUUGCAUUUCUUUAAUGAGCAAUCCUGGUUUAUAUAGAUAGUGAAUUGUAGACUAGUUUAAGCUGCAUUUCUAGCCAUGCUUAAUACCAAGUAAAUAUCAUUGAAAUCCAUGGGAACUAAACCUGAGCAAAGGGAAGGUACAUGUUCUUUCUCAGGCUCAGGUAAAAUGCGCCUACAAGACAUUGUGUAUUCUUUUUCCAUAGUUUUUUUUUCUGUCAUGGUGACGCUGCUUAGCCUAGGAGAGGGCUAAAUUGACAGAAAUCUCCAACUUUAGUUUAGUUUUAUUAUUACUACAUUUAUAUCCCACUUUUCUUCUAAGUAGCUCAGAGGGGUUCUUGUAGCUAAAGGCUAGUGUGGUAGUUUUCUUAACUGACCUAUUUAAAUUAUUAUUAUUAUUAUUAUUAUUAUUAUUAUUAUUUAGACCCCGCCCAUCUGGCUGGGUUUCCCCAGCCACUCUGGGUGGCUUCCAACAAAAUAUUAAAAUACAAUAGUCCUUCAUAUAUUAAAAACUUCCCUAAACAGGGCUGUCUUCAGAUGUCUCCUAAAAGUCUGGUGGUUGUUUUUUCCUUGACAUCUGGUGGGAGGGUGUUCCACAGAGCAGGCAUCACUACCAAGAAGGCCCUCUGCCUGGUUCCCUGUAACCUCAUUUCUCGCAAUGAGGGAACCACCAGAAGGCCCUCGGCGCUGGACCUCAGUGUCCGGGCUGAACAAUGGGGGUGGAGACGCUCCUUCAGGUACACUGGGCCUAGGCCGUAUAGUUUUAGCACUGACCUUGUAUGGCAUUUACAGAAUUUUCCAUAAAAAAUGAAGCAGGUAUCUGCUCUGAAAAGUCUAUACUGUAAUAUAAAACUUUCUAAAUGGCAAGAGACAUAUGGGAGAAGCAAGGGUAACGAAACAUACCUGUAUGCAUAUACUUAUCCUUGACGAAAACGCAGGCUUCAGUUUUGCUUGAAAGGUGGGAAAGAAUGUAGACUGAAUAAUAUAGAUUGGUGGUGCCAUUUUACAAGUUUGCAUUGUGCAUUUACUAAAAAUAAAAAACCAAUAAAUAAAUGUAGAUGUUUCUGUUUGGACAAACAAUUCCAAUAGAAGGGGCAGGAGUUUAAAAGAGCAGGACACUCGGAGGCAGCAGCUAAGGAUGGUAAAGUUGGAGGAGCAAAACUAGGGAGUUAACAUAAUAUAGUUUUAAGAUGUUUAUUUAUUACAUUCUUUAUUACAUUAUCGCUGUAUAUAGCUGCAUGUUGUUUGAGAAAAGGAUUCAAAAAGGCAAUCUGUUUAUCCAGAAGUCCUUUUUCUUAAUGUACUGGGACUUAGCUAUACAGCUGCAAAUAAAAUGUUUUAAGUGUGUUUUAAGUGCAAUAUACAAUGUGACACUAAAUGGUGAUGAUGAGCCCUAUGGAAAAUUCACUGUAUUUUUACAAACGCUUUUUUAAAAAUGCAUUUCCAGAACACUUUUUAUAUGUAUGUAGAUUUCACCCUGGACAAAAUACAGGCUUGUGUUUGCAAAACAAAACAAGCUUUGGCAACAGAAGUGACAGAAUUGUUUGGGGGCUGGGGUGUAGGUCCACCCUCAGUGAGAUGAGAUAUUUUGUCUUAGCUGUAAUUUUAUGUUUUACAAAAAACAUUUGCAAAAUAAGGUGAAGGUGGUAUGAUUGAUUAUCAGCAGUUUUAAAAUAUGCUUGUGUGUACCUUGUUAGAUUUUGAAAUUCAGCCUGCUAGUAUGCACAACGAAGAAAUAGGAUAUAAUGUUAGUAAUUUCAAAGCAUCCAAUCAGAAGGGAACAGUAUUUUCUAUAACCGUUCCCAUAGUAACAAAGCAGCUUUCCUAGUAUUCUAAGAGCCCAAGCCUAUAAUGAAGUAAUGAGAAUUGUUUUGUAUUUCGACAGAAAGAAAACAUUCUAAUGUGCUUUAUUUCUGUAUAUCUUAGUUUCCAUUGGAACCUAACCUGUAUCAUAUUAUCCAAAAUAUUUAUUUAUAUGGGAUUUCACUUCUGCAAGUGGGAAGUGCUUUGCUCAUGGAAUGACUGUUUCUAACCUAGUGCAAGAGGGCUGUGUGGGGACAAGAACCUCCAAAUCCAGAGUUGUUCUUCUCAUGCAGUAUUUUUGCCCAAGCUCCUUUUGAAAGCCAGUAGAAUUCUUAACUGCUAUCUCCUAUAUUGUCCUUAUUCAUGGGCUUUCACCUACUGCAACAUAACCAAUGAAUCAUUUGUGGUACUGCAUUGCAAGACAUAUCCUGAUAUUGAUCACACAAUUAUUCACACAAGACUUUGCUUGUUUUGGUUCCGAGUCAAAAACUUUGUUUUGGUACCAUAGAAUCUUCCAAAGUAGUACACACACAGUUAGAAACUGUAUUGUCUUUCAGGACUGAUCUUACAAGGCUCCCUCACAAAGUGUAGUUUGAGGGGCAAAAGUGCUCAUAAACAUUUUGCUUUACCUGUGAAAGGGGACCAGUGUGAGUUUCCUAAGAAUGCCUAUCCAUGAACUGUCACCAUAUAUGAAAAUAGGACAGGGGUAGCCAAGGUGACACUCUGCAGAAGUUGCUGGAAUGCAGCUCCCAUCAUCCACGAGUAUUGUAGUAGGAGGAUGACUUUGGCAAUUACUAGUUUCUAUAUUGAUGUGAAUUUGGGGUAGAUUUGUUCAAGGUAAAUGCAAUUAUUCCAGGUUUUUCCAUACAGGACUUUGAAUCCAAACUGCAGUGUAGAGCCCUUAUAGAAGGAAUCAAAAUAGCCAACAGGAUAUUCUGUACAUUCAGCAGCAGCUCUUAAUUGUGUCUUUCUAAUUACCUAAUUAGGGGACGCGGGUGGCGCUGUGAGUAAAACCUCAGCACCUAGGGCUUGCCGAUCGCAUGGUCGGCGGUUCGAAUCCCCGCGGCGGGGUGAGCUCCCGUCUUUCGGUCACAGCUCCUGCCCACCUAGCACUUCGAAAGCACCCUUAAGUGCAAGUAGAUAAAUAGGUACCGCUUCAUAGCGGGAAGGUAAACAGCGUUUCCGUGUGUUGCGCUGGUGCCGGCUCGCCAGAUCAGCUUUGUCACGCUGGCCACAUGACCUGGAAGUGUCUCCAGACAGCGCUUGCCCCCGGCCUCUUAAGUGAGAUGGGCGCCCAACCCUAGAGUCGGACACGACUGGCCCGUACGGGCAGGGGUACCUUUACCUUUAAUUACCUGACAUCAUAAUUUGCAUCCUGCUACAGGAAGUACGGUGGGCACCCGGCUGGAAUUUUUCAGAAUGAUAACCAUUUUGUCUUGUUAUUUGGCAGUUUAAUUGCGCUAACAACUUUUUAAAAUGUUUAUUAUUUGUACUGUAACUUUUCAUUAGGCUCAUAUACUUUCUUAGAUCCAUUGUUUUUAUUUCUGUUCACAGGUGGAUGUGACUGUCGUUCAUUUUACCCCAUUGGUGCAACCAAAAAUAGAACAGCCAUUUAAGCUGGUGGAGAAAGUUGUCCGAACUGUGUUUCAGUUCAGAAGGAAAUAUUGUCAUCAAAGUGUACGGUAAGAGAUCUUUUCUUCAGAAUGGUAUUCUUAAUACAAUGGCUAUGCAAAGUAAUUUCACACAUGGGAAUCUUUAGUUGGUGACAGCAGUCAGCAUGGUGUGUGAGAGAAAUAGACCAAAUUCCUCAGAAAGAGCUCUUGCAUCUCUUAUUAUCUAUAGGAGGAGUUGGGAACCAUUUUCUCCUCCUUGGGCCAGAUCCUUAUCUCCCCAGCCAUAAGUGGGCCAAAUGUAACAUGUCGCUGGGGCCACCCACCUGUCAAUCACUUGAUGUCCUAGUGAGGUCAAGUGAUGUUAUGCUUUGCAGCCCCGAUUGUGGGAAAUUCAAAGCACAAUGCUGGGCUGUUUGAGAGUCCUUUGGUAUUAACUUCUCACUUUACUGAAGGAGGUCUUCUCCCUUCCAUGCUGCUCCUUAAACCUCCAGUUUCCAUUGAAGGCUGGUUGUUCCUUUGCUGGAGCAAGGUAUGCACCCAGUCGGGAGUUCAUCUUAAGCUCCUGAUCAUUCCUUUGAAGUCCCACCGUUACAGACCCUGCUUGUCAUCCCAUGUUACGUCAGAUGUCAGGUGUGUGAUCAUGGCUUCCCCACUGAAUCAGUGAGCUUUUCAUGACCAGUGGAUCACAAGUGGAUAUAAAUCUCAAUUAUUUUGAGGGUAAAAUAUAUGUGUGUUUUCCUUUUAAAUAAAUAAACAAAUUUUAUUAUUGGGUAAGGGAACAUGAAACAAAGUAAAUGAGUGUCUUCAGAUAUGUGUCUGAGAAUAAACAAUGACAAACACACACACACACACACACACACACACACACACACUCACUCACUCGCUCACUGCCCAUGCCACUCUAUAGGCCUACAAAGAGAGAGAGAAAUUAUCCAGGCCUAGUUCCUUUCUACUAACUAGCAUCUACUUCACAAUCCAGACCAAGCAAAAAUGAGCACCAAACAGUUAACGCCCGCUGACAAGUAGUGGCCAUAGUUGUGAUGAAAAGGUUUACAGCAAUCAGAGCAUGCAAGCCACUCCUUUUAAUGCAAGCGUAUGGAACCUGCUGCUGGGCUGCAAUUUGGAUUGGCUGGGGAUGAUGGGCAUUGGAGUGCAAGAAUAUAUGGAUUGCCACUGGCUCCCCAACCUUGCUUUAAAUGCCAGGACACAACCCCAUCUUGUCACCACACCUCUAUGCCCUACAAUCAGCAGAUGAGGCCUUGGUGCCUGUUUAUUAUCUGAAACUUGAUUGGAUAAAGGGUGAGGCUUUCUUUGUGGCAGCACCCCUCCUUAAGGAACUGGGAGGGGGAAUUUUCAUUAUGGUAGAGAUUUUAACAGUGUGGCCUGACUUUUAAAGUGAACUGAUCUGCUGCUUGCUGAAAACUAAACUUGUGAUACUUUAGUGCUGCUGUUUCCAUGUUGACUUGUAAGACAAAAUAAAGACAUCUUUGGUUUAUGGUUAGGAUGUCAAUGCAAGCUUGAGCUCUGUGGCUUUUCAUUUUAGAACUAAAGCUUUCCAUAGAGAAUGGCAGUGUUCGGGAAGAGAAAGUAAAAUUUCUAAGUGAUGUGCAGAGAAGGCAAAAAUUUGGAUAAGGAAAGCCAACCACUGAGUGAGGGGGCAGAGUACAGGAGAUUGAGCAGCAUAAGAUGGUUCCAUUGGGGUGUGGUGUGGUAGACCAACAAUGUGGGGUAACUGCACCUAGUGCAGGCAACUAUUCUUAGCAUGGAUUAGUAAGCUAAUUUUAUAGAAGUGGGUCACUGUUUCUGAUGGUUAAAAAACCUGAAUAAAGGAAGAGACCCCGUUUAACAAACUCACUUGGAUUAUCUCUAUUAUUUUCUUUCAGUGUCUUAUUUCCAGAAGCUGAACGUUUAGAAAAAGCAGAACAGCUACUCAAGCUGGCAGAUGUUGAUCCAAUUCUGCGCCCGACUCAACUUUCCAUGUUUCAUUUUAAAAGCCUUUGUGAUGUCUAUAGAAAAAUGUGUGAUGAAGACCCAAAACUUUUUACAUAUAACUAUAGGGACGAAUUGACAGAGAAGCGAAACAGGAAGAGGAGCAGAUUUUGCAAGACUAAGGAUGAUGUGAUCUAGCUCAUUCUAGAAAAGAAACCAGCGGCGAUGUGUGUUUCUGUCGAGUGGAAUGAAAUACAUUCUAAUUUGGAAUGUUAAGUCUUUUUGAACUAAGGUAUGUGAAAUUCAUUGAAGAGAGAACAGUAUAAAAAACAAAACACACCAAUUGCAUUUAGCAUUUUACUGUACAAGCUUGUAGAGAAAAAUGAAAAAUACAAUAAGAUUACAGUACAGGCUUUUUAUAUUUACAUAUAUAUAUAAAAAUCAAGUAUAAACAUCUUAGUGCAACUUAGUGCAGGACUUUAAUUUUUCUAAGAUGAAUUUAAAAAUAUUUUUUGCUUUAAAUGCCCCGAAUUAAAGUUGCUUGAACUUUCUCAAAAGAACAUAGGUAUUGACAAGAGUUCGUUCCCUUUUCAAAAAUUUAAAAACAUCUCUUACUUUUAUUUAAAUGAGAUUACUCUGCCCUGAAUCGUAAACAGCUCAAUCUAAAUUUCUGUUCCACAAUAAAUUAAAAUAACUUAAGCCUUUACAACUACUUCUGUGGAAAACACAGUAGUGCAUUAAACUGAAUAGUUUCUCAAGUUACAAUAAUCACCCUUUUUAAAGUAUGUAAAUCUGUAUGUGGCGAUGCUGGAAUCAGGCAGCUAGGACUUACCAUGCCUGUCUACCGUUUCAUAAAAGCAGUCCUCAUUAACCACUGAAGUUAAACUUUGUACACUAAAUUCUCUUUCUAAAAUAGAGUUCAGGUCAAAACUUGCAGCAUCUGGAUGGCUAUCAAGAGACUGGUGCCGUUCUUGCAUUCCCAGUAAUGUUCCUUUGUCGCGUCUUGUGCUGUUCACUUUCCGUUUAAUAGGGCAAAAGUGCGCCCUGACUAGUUUAGGGUGAUCACCCACCCUCCGCCCUUCUCCAUACUCACUCUCAGAAGAAUACUUAUCCUCUGUAUCAUCACUAGGAUUCUCAGAAAUCUUCAGCCGCUGGAACUGAAUUUCUAUGUCUUUUGUGGGACUGCCUUUCUUUAGAAUCUGCUGGUAGUCAUCCUCGUCAUCACUUAAAAUGUCAGAUUCUUUGACAGGACUGUUUGAAAAAUCUGAUGCAGAGUUUUGGAGAUGUUUCACGGGGGACAAAUUUUUAGAUUCCAGGAUGCUAUCGGUGGUAUGGCAACUGCUACUUGGAGUACUGCUACUCAGGCUGCAUUCAUCAGAAUCCAAUUCAUUUACUUUGCCUGCUUCAGUGUUCCAUUCAUUACUGGGAGAGUUCUUCAUUAACUUUAAUGAUCUUGAGGAAGCUGCCAGGGUAAAAACACAUGCUAAAUUCCUAUACUCAACAACUCUGGCAAGCAUAACAAUAAGCGUUAUAUAGUGUUACAAUUACUUUUCAGUAUGAGGUGACAUUUUAAACUACUUUCGUUAUAUCACGGGGGAGAUAUUUUAAGUUGUGAAGUGUGGCUUUCUUCAAACAAACAAAAACUCUGAACUUAGAUUGGCUGAUUUAUCUAGGAGCCCACAAAGGCAAACUCCAUGUGGACUGACUGUGUAAAAAUGGCAACGUUAAGCUGCCUCUUAGUAGCACUAGGAAGGAACAGGGUUCAGUGCUUCCUGCCUAGUCACUGUGGAAGCCUGUCAGUAAAAUAGACUAACACUAUUCCCCCUACCCCCCGGAAAAAAAACUCCUACAAAGACAAGUUUAUAAGGUUCAAGUACUGAGUAAGGAUCUUUGCAUGAAGCUGCUGAAGUGAACAAGUUCUGCUUAUGCAUUAUGUCAAAGAUAAGGAACCGCUCAUUCCUGUGCUAUGCUUCAACCUUUCCUCAACUGCUCUGAGGAUAAGCCUCUAUGGUAGUCUCAGCUCUUCAGUCAAAGGCUAAGUAAGUUUAUGGGAAAGUAAUUUCAAGCAGUCAGUGUAGAGAAAAUACUUCUAUUUUGAAGGUUGCUCAGACUUUGUGUGUGGAAGAAUAUCCUACUUUGUUAAUCACAAAGUUGAUGUGUAUUAUUACAAUGUCUAUACCAUCUUUUAUCUGAGGAUCACAGGACAGUUUACAAUAUAAAAACACAUACCGUAUUAACAAAUAAAAGCAUACCCUCCCAAAGUUUUAAAAGGCCAUAUAUUUUUUAAUUAGCAAAAGGCCUGGGAGAAGAGAAAUGUUUUUGCCUGGUGCCUAAAGAUACAUAAGAAAGGUUUUAUAUUGUUGUAAACCACUGUGAUAUAUUUUUAUGAUUCAGUGGUAUAUAAACAUUAAAUAAAUAACCCAAAUUAUCCCCCCCGCCAAAUCCUCUUGCUUUGUUUACUAUCCGGUCUGAUUAAAUGUUCGGGAACACUUGAAAGCUUGCAUGCUGUUUUGUGACAUUUCAGUUGCUAGUAAGGUGGUUGUUCUAAGGCGGAUUCUGGCUCUCCCCCUCCCCCCUUAUAAUCCAACACAACUGACUUUUAGUUUAAGCAAAAUUAAUGUUCUCCCUAUCAGCUAUGCUUGUACACGUUUUUUUACUAUUAAAUUUAUGUCUC